AUGGUCUCGUCCGGUCCUUUCGCCGGAGUCAUAUCUCCUGAGCUCUGCUGGUCGGCGCACGAGAACGAGUUGCGCGUUCACAGCACCGCCCGUCUCGAGCCGCACGCGGGGCACAAGACCACCGGCCUGCCCGUACAGGCCCUCUUUCGCUUCCUCUCGGAGCAGGAACGGGAACGGGAACGAGGACCGGUUCGCGGAACGGUCCAGCCCCUGUCGAACAAGAGGGCGAAGCCUCUGCAGCCUCAGACUCUUGCCCUGGGCUCGGGAGCCAUCGGCCAAAGCGUCUGCGUGACGGACUCUAGGUCUGUCAUCAGGGGCACGACAGGUGCUGCCACAAGAAUACCAUCAAAACCCGGUACACCGGACUCUCCCAAGGACGUGGCUGGCAUUUCUCCUCAACCGGGAAAUGGGCAACGCGCCGCGACGGGAUCGCCGCCGGCUGGCGGGGGAUCGAGGCGUGGUUCUCCUACCUUUUCUCGCGUUGGGAGUGGAGGUUUCCCGACGAAACGCGGCGGGACCUCCAGAAACGCGGCGGGAAAGCUGUCGGUUCGUGCCGUGGAGGCGUUCGAGCUGAGGGACGGCCGGACAGUCCUGGUGUGCCUUGCUUCUGAGCGCGAACUUCAUUCGGAGGUCCACUGCGUCGACCCCUUCUCCGGAGAAACGCUUCACGUGGCCACCGGACUGCCCAUCCUUCUCACGAGCCUGGCGGUCGUGCCCCGGCUAGCUCUCCCCAGCCAAAGCCGUCGUUGCCUUUCGCGUCAAGAAGGAGGCGGGGGCGGAGGCGCGGCUCGGUCAAGCUCGGGAGGGGACGCCGGGCCGUCGUCGUCGGCAGCAGCAGUAGCAGCAGCAAGCGAAUCGCGCGGGGCUUGGACAGACGCUGCCGCCGCCGCCGCCGCCGCCGCAGGGGACGACGACGGGGUUGACGCGGAAGAAAUCGUGGUCGCCGUAGGGGGGGUGGGAGGCCGGGUCACGCUGCUUGCGCUGCAGAUACCCCAACGGCAGCAGCAGCAGCAGGAGCAACAAGAGCACAGUGGGAAAAGGGGCAGAGAUAGCAGCAGCAUCCGGAGGUGCCCGUUCCGCAGUUGGCCGGCACAGGAGGAAGGGUUCGGCGGCGUACCGUCUGAGCGAGAGGGAGUUCCAAUAACGUCCCUGUCGGCGUUCUCGGUGGCGGUCGUUGCCGGGGACGGGGAGGACCGUGUGCCUCCAGGCCGUGGCGUUGUCGUUGUGGCGAUGGUGGCGGCCGGUUGGAGCGACGGGAGCUGGGCGGUGGCGCCGUGCUGCUACUCACGGCCCGACAGCAAUUGCGGCGGGAUUGACGCCGGUUCGAGUUUGGCGGAGGGGAUUGAGGACGCGUGGGCGGAGGCGUGCUCGCCGUUGUCGGGGGACCUGGCGACCGGCGACACGAGCGGUUUGGGCCCCGCACUGCAUUUCGUGUGCCAGGACGGAGGAGGAGGGGUGGUGGUCUCGGGGGAGGGGGGGGAGGGGGAGGACGAGCACGAGGUGGAGCUUGCGACGAGGUGCUGCAGCAAGAGCGUGUUCCCGGCGAGGCCGCACGCUGUUUUCGUGGACCCUGCCGAGCUUAAGGCGUUCGUGUGCCGACGGCGGCGACGGCGUUGGGGCUACGGGGAUGAUGGUGUUGUUGUUGUGCCCGGCUCGUCAGCGCUUGCACCGCCGUUCCCAGCACCAUCACCACCGGACAAGGACAAGCUACACCUCAAGUUCCCCGUCAUCCUGGCGGAGGCCUCGCUGGACGAGACCGGCAGGCCGAGACUCCGCGCCUGGGAGCAGUCGCACGCGGGGUUUGCGCACAAGGUGGCGGUGGACGCGGAGGUACUAGGCCUUCUCGCCUACUGCGACCCCUCCGAGGAAGACUUGGACGCCGACACCGCGCAUGACGUCAACGCCGUGGGAGAGGCCUCGCUGGGCCACGUCGUGGGCGGACCGGACAACCUCUGGGCCCGUUCCUUCUUUGAGCCGGAAGACGGCAACCGCGAGCACGACUCGGUGGCGGCGGCGGCGGGAGCGGCGCCGUCGCCGCUGAUGCUGCUGGCGGCCCGCCUGCAGGGCGCCGUGGCGCUGGGGAGGGGCCCCGCGGUUGCGAGGUCGCUGACGGCCGUGGUGCUUCCGCGGGGGGGGGAGUGGAUGCUGCCGCGCGCUCGCCCGGUGCAGGAGUGGGCGGCCGCGGUGGCCCUAGAGGCUUGGGACGAAGCUAGCUCUCUGGCGGCGGCCCUGCUGGCGCCGCCGGGCGCGUCUUGGCCGUCAGUGCCGUGGCUGGAUGACGUGGCGGUGACGCUUGAAGCGCUGGCAAGGCGCUCUCGGCAAGCGGAGCGUAUCCUGGAGGCCUCGACCGAACGCUGCCGACAGUACUGCGAGGCGGCCACUGCCUCUUACCCGGAACCGGUCCCGGUCGGCGUCCUGCGGCUUCGACGGCGGCGUCUGAACUUAGCCGCAACGCAGCGGCUCGAGGCCGCCAGGCUGGCGGAAACGGCCCCGCUCCUCUCCCGGUUGCGCCGCGCCGCUCUGGCCGCCCGCUUGGCGCUUCGGGUGUCUUCCGGCGCAGCGUGGAUACUGGUGUCGGGACUCGGACGGCCCCUGGCGGCGGCCUCAGUGAGGGUAGCGGAGCCGAGUGCGGCGGCCGGCGGGGAGGAGGAGUCUAGUCGUACCGUAGCCGGGUCUUUGCCGGGGUUGGUGCGACCGAUCCCGGUACACGCGGCGGCGGCGGCGGCGGUAGUUGCCGCGCCGACGGUAAGACUGCUCGAGCGCCUGAGGGAAAGAGGCGGUCUAUCGGCGAGGGCGGGGAUUCGACGACAGGGCGAAGCUCCCCGGCGGUGCGCAAAGGCGGAUGAGAACGAGGUCGUCGGUUCUGUCAUCACUGCUGGCGACGACACCGGCGACGGGGAGUGUUGUCCUUCCGGUGGCGGCGCCGGCGCGCCGUUGGCGGUCCUGGCGGAGAUGACCUCGCUCCUGCGAGACGUUUUCGUCGCCGCCGGGGAGGAGGGUUUCGAAGACGUGGAUGGGGUGCUGGGGUCUGGGGUAGGGGGGGGAGCGGAGAAGCUGGGCGAGGCCCUCGGGUCGUUGCUUGAGCGGGGGCUGGCGGUGGUGGCGUACAGCGUGAUGGACACGGCGUUCUCGAGAGGCGGGUCGUCACGCACGGCAACAGGUGGUGCCCUUUCGACUGAUCACGCCCGGGAACCGGACCAAGAGGCACAGGAGCGAGCCUUCCUCGGCACCGCGGAAACGGUUUUCGACCGUUUCUGCGAGCAGGGAUGCACGUGA